GACUAUCCAUGGCGGACCGUCCUCCUGAGGUGCACUUUCAUAACAUUCGCACAGGGAAACACAGUAUGAACUCUCUGUUGCCUGAACUCUCACAGCACGAAGCAGGCAGCUCGUCCGCACCAGGAACUCCAUCAUAUUCCGCGUUACACGCUGGUAGUACCGACGCGGCGACCCCGUCGCCCCAUGAUGGAAGGAGAGUGUCGUCGUCUGGCUCCCGGCACAGAGCGGGAAAACGGCAUUCGCUGCUUCUAGCACGCACUGCUCAUGCGUCCUCUCCCGCCCGUUCCCCCGCAUCUACUACUACUAGUGCUACUGCCAGCGCUAGUAACGCCAUGGGUUCUCGUGGUGGCCGAUCAGGCUCCGCCGGACGUCAAAUCUCGACCGUCCGAUCGGGCACGUCGUCCUCUCGGCUGAACCACGGGAAAAGAAGCGUAUCGCGUGGUUCUAGCAAUCUUUCACUAGUAGCAUCGUCCUCCACUUCUGGUUUCACACCCGUGACAGAUGCUGAGUUAUCGUCCACCGUGGCCGUCGUAGCCUCUGCAAAUGCGGCGUCCGAGUCAGACGAGAAUCCCGGUGAAGGAUCCGAAGCCUCAGCUGCGAAGGCUCCGGAGUUACUACUACUACCUCUCACCGAUGCUGACAAUGUCUUGAAUGUUGAUGGGAAAUCCCAACAUAGUAGCUCCGCAACAGCAACAGCAACAGCAGCAGCAAAAGCAACAGCAAAAACAACUGCUGAUGGGGAAGGAAUCUGGGAGAGAAGCGUCGAGGGUGGGGAGAGGGAGGCUGCCGUUACGCUGAGCGUCGGAUCCAGAGACUUCAGUCCGGUACUUUCGAGCUAUCUCCCGUCCUCUCCAACGGUAAUGAACCAUGAUGAUAGUGGCGCCGCCGGUCAGGGUGCUGUCACUGCGGAUGCUUCUUCUGUGGAUUCUCGCACAAAGGGUGCAGUGGAUGGCAGAUCGGAGGGCUCGCCUUGUGCCCUGCUCACGGGUGUUUGCAGAGAGAUGGGGGAUGAUCUUGGCCGCAGGAUGGGGGUGCAUGCAGCACAGACUGGGAAGGGGGGAAGUGGCAUGGUGGCGGAUUUCGCUGAGGAUGAUGAUGUGAUGGAGGAUAUACACGGUACUACCAGCAGCAGCGCCGGCCAGUCUUUCCAGGUCGCCUUUGGUUCGCCACUGCUGCCACCUGCACGUGUCUCCCCUGCGAGACCACCCCUGGCGUCGUCUCUCUCGGCGCCUCCAUGCACCCUUGCCUUAUAUGGAGGACGGAGUGUAGCGUCCGGGCCGAGUGAUGUUGGAAGCUCCGUUCAUAAGGCUGCCUCGUUACAAGCACCUUCUGGCUCGUUGCAUGCACCUCCGUUAUCGAGCCGUAGCCUACCAGCUGGUGCUGUUAUUGACAUGGAGGGGAGCGCAGGAGGGGAGGAGGGAGGAGCGGAGAAGAUAUUUGUGGCAGUGCGAGUGAGGCCGCUGAGUGCGAAGGAAGUGGCUGCAGGGGAGGAGAGUGUGUGGCAGGUGCUUGAUGGCUGCUGGGUCAGAUCCAUGCUCCCUUCCUCUGCUGCCGUUUCACUGCAAGGAGACCGUUCAAUGCCAGCUCAGACUUACCACUUCGACAGAGUGUUUGACGAGCAGGCGACCUCACUCGCCGUGUACCAGCACGCAGCCAGACACGUGGUGCUCUCAGUGCUGCAAGGAGUCAACGGCACCAUCUUUGCGUAUGGCAUGACGGGGAGUGGCAAGACGUUCACCAUGGCUGCAGUAACGGAGAUGGCUAUACAGGAGAUAUUCGAGCACAUAGCCAAGCAUGGCGGCGAGCGCGAGUACUUGUUGCAGAUGGCGGCGAUGGAGAUCUACAACGAGCAGGUCAGGGACCUGCUGGGGACGGCGGGGGAGAGCGCACCACUCAGACUGCUGGAUGGCGCAGAGGGCGGCACCUUGGUGGAGAAUCUCUCGCGCCAUGACGUGCACUCGCCAGCGCACCUGCUGCUGCUGCUGGAGCAGUGCACAUCUCAGCGCACCGUGGGGGAGACGCAGAUGAAUGAGGCCAGCUCCCGAUCACACCUUAUCGUGCAGCUGACGGUGCAGAGUGCGCCCACUGCACCAUCCACCCUGGCGCUUUCUACCUGCUCGCUCUCCUCUCACCCCGCACCUGCUUCCGUUGCGUCCACUGAUGCUGCGUUCGCUCACCCCACCGCGCCACGACCCAAUGAAGCAGACGAUGCUGCCACCACAACCACUGUCUCCUCCUCCGUUACCUCCUCCAUUUCCGCCUCGUCCGUGCUCUCCUCCUCAUCCCUCUCCGCCUCUUCCUCCUCAGGGCCUCUCGCCUUGUCCACACCGCCUACCCUCUCAUCCCUCCCAUCACCUAUGUUACGUGCCACUCUGAACCUGGUGGAUCUAGCGGGCAGUGAGAGGGCGGGGCAGAUGCAGUCCGAGGGGCAGCGGCUCAGGGAGGGCGCUCACAUCAACCGCAGCCUGCUCACCCUCAGCACCGUCAUUCACAAGCUCAGUGCACCAGCCUCCUCCCUCUCCUCCUCCACCGCCACCCUCACCCCGCCCUCCGCCUCCUCCUCCUCGUCCUCGUCCCCCUCGCGCGGCCCGCACAUCCCGUACCGGGACUCCAAGCUCACGCGCAUUCUGCAGGGCGCGCUGGGGGGCAAUGGGCGUACGGCCGUGGUGUGCACGGUGAGCGCGGCUGCCUGCCACGCGGAGCACACGCGCAACACGCUGGCCUUUGCAGCGCGGGCCAAGCAGGUGUCUACCACGGCCAGGGUUAACACGGUGGAAUCGGGUCAAGAGAAGGUGAUUCGGCAGCUGCAGCAGCAGGUCCGAUUGCUGGAGGGCAAACUGAAGGGCGCGGAGGAGGAGAGGCAAAAGCAGCAGCAGCAGCAGCAGCAGGCGUCUAUGGAGGAGGCGGGCAGGAGGCGGAGCAGCAGUGAGGGCGUGUCAGGAGCAGUAGCGAGGCAGCUGAUAGUGGAGUAUGAGGAGGCCAUGGCACUGCUGGAGGCAGAGAAGGAGGAGCUGUACGCGCACCUGUCGCGCGCUCUCUCCCAGAGGGACGAGGCCCGGUGCCUGCUGGCGGCGCAGCAGAGGGAGGUGCGGGCGAUGAGGGAACACAUGGCGUUGCUGCAGUGGCAGCUGGACGAGAGUGAGGGGAGCGAGGGGAGUGAGGGUGGGGGAGGUGAGAAUGAGGAAAGAUUGGGAAGUUGGGAAGGGGGUUUUGAGAGGGUUUUGGAAGGAAUGCGUGAGGAAGCAGGGAGCAUUGUGGAAGGAAGAGUCAGUGAAAUAGCAGAGCGUGCAGCAGCAGCAGCAGGUGGUGCAAGCCCUGUGGUUGCACGAAAGGCGUCUCGUGCGAGGGGCAGCAGCGUGAGGAGGAGCAGCAGCAGGCGGAGCUUGGGUCAGUCACGAAGGACGAGCCCUGGCAGUACCGGUACCGGUAUCCGCCCUCCUAGUCCCACCCAUGCACUGUUCAGAUCCAGCUUUGCUUUCAGCGACGCAGAUGGGGCCGGGUCGGAACAACAGCAGCAGCAGCAGCGACAGAUGGAGGCAGAUGGCUAUUCCAGCAUUCACGCGUCUGGUGGCUUAGACGCAGUGAUCCGCGCCAGUGGUGGGCCAGCAGGGGUUCUGGUUGCCGGCAUUAUGGGCAGCAGCACUGAUGCCGAUGCUGCUGGCGUUGCUCCCACACGACGCGACUAUGCGCGGCGGGCGUGGGUACAGCAGCUGCAGCGGCUGGCAGCAAUGGGCGAGAGGAUGGGGCAACAGGACGCUCACAGGGCGCUGGUCGCACUGCAGGCUGAGAUCCACUCGCUCUGGCUCUCCGCCUCUGCCUCCCUCUCUCCCUCUGCUGCAUCUGCUGCCGCUGCUGCUGAUCUUGAUCCUGCGGCUGCUGGUGGUGCGGCUGCUGAUGGUGCGGCUGCUGGUGGUGCGGCUGCUGGUGGUGCUGCUGCUGGUGGUGGUGCUGCUGCUGGUGGUGCUGCUGGUGCUGCUGGUGCUGAUUUUCCUACUGAGGCGCCGCUUAUUUCUGCUGCUUCUUGUGCUGUGGUGGGUGCGGCACGUGAGAGUGGUUGUGGGUACAUGAGCAAUGCGAGCAGCAGUAGCCCUCUCUUCAGGCCUGCACUUGUCGCACUGCCCCCACCACCCCUCCUUUUUCUUGGAACGCCCGAAGUAGCAGCAGCCACAGGAGGAGGAGGAGGUGAAGGAGUGGCAGAAGAAGCAGCAGAAGCAGGAGAGGCAGCAGAGGCAGCAACGACAGCCUCAGCAUCAGCGGCUGCAGCUGCAGCUAGACCCCGGAUCAGUUUGGGGGAUUCACAGGGAGGCGAGAUGGGUGAUCCACUGGAGAUUUUCUCUGAACUGCCUUCUGGUGCUGAUGCUGCAGAUGCGACUACUGUUGCUGCUGCCGCAGCCAUUGCCACUGCGACCGCGUCAGACUCCACACGUGAUUCAGCGACUGCUUUCCCUGCUUUAGUUUCCUCUGUUGACGAUCCUCAGCUCUUGGCGCAGCUGCAGGCGGAGCAGAGGAGGCCGAGUGGGGGAUUGGGCAAGGAGCAGGAGGAAGAGCAGGAGGAAGGGGGGGAGAGGGGGGAGGAGGAUCCAUGUGCGCCUCUCCCUCGGCUGGAGCGGCAGCUGCAUCGCAUGCACCUGUCCAUGCGAAGCAUGCUGGCAAUCGCUGCUGCCAGCGGCACUGAUACUGCUGCUGCUGCUGCUACUCCUGCUGAUGCAGAUGAAAGAUUCAACGGUGAUGGUUUGCUGCCUCCUGCUGCUGGUGUGGCGGAUGCUGCUGCCUCUGCCAACCCUGCUCGCUCGAGUGCUGCUGCUGGUGCUGCUGAUGCUGUGGCGAGUGCUGUUCCUGAGCAUGGCAAUGAUCUGCACAACGGCUCUCUCAUCGUGCCUCACGCCAUGCCUGACGCCAUGCCUGGUGCUGUGGCUAGUGGCAUAGCAGACUGUGCCGCUAUUGGAACUGAUGGGGAUGAUGAGGGUAGCUCGUCCCCCCUCUGCUCUCGCCCCCCCUCCUCCUUCUCUCCCUGUGCGUCUCUCACUGGUUCUUCCGCCUCUUUCCCCUUCACCAUAGCUCCACCUGCCAGAUAUAUUGCCAGGGGGGGUGAUAGCGAGAGCAGAGGGAGGGAGAUGGAGGGCCGUGGUGGUGGGGAUGUGGAGCAGAGAGCUGUGGGCGGGGUGGAUGGGGUGGAGGGAGAGGAGGAGGAUGGGGAGGAGGAUGAAGAGGAGGUGGAGGGUGGAGAGGAAUUGGUGCAGGAGGAGAAGAGGGUAGAUUCACGGCUGGAAGGGAAGGAGAAUUGGAGAAGGGAAAUGACAGCGACAGCAGCAGCAACAGCAGCAGCAGCAGCAGCAGAAACAGCAGCCGACGCAGGAGCAGAGGAGGAGGAGGAGGAUGCGUCAGCGGGGGCAGGGAGCUGCAGCGCGGGCAGCAUGCAGGGCGUGCUGAGGGCGACGAUGGAUCGCAACAUGGCGUCCAUCCGUGUGUACGUGGGCGAGCUCAAGGAGCGCGUCGCCAAGCUGCACUUCCAGAAACAGCUGCUGCUCUGCCAGGUGCUCGAGCUAGAGGCUGAGAAGGAGCGGUGGCUUGCGCAUCAGGACAGGGGAGGGAAGGCAGGGGGCCGGCUUGGUUACACUACUGCUGCUAAAGCUGCUGCUGAGACUGGUGCGGAUGCUGAUGCUGAUGCUGCUGGUGUUGAAGCUGGAGUUAGGGAUAGUGGUGAUGAUGCUGGCGCGGGUGGGGGUGGCUUUUGGUAUAUGAACACGGAGGGGCAUGGGCUGGGUAGUAUUCAUGUGGAGGAAGAGGGGGAUUCCACGGGUGAAGCGGGGCUGGGGGGGGAGAGGGAGGAAGGCGUUGUGAAGACGCAGAUGUUGGCUGCUGCUGAAGGUGCAGAGGGCGGAGAGAAGGGGAUAGAGGAGGGUGACAAUAGGAAGGAGGAGGAGAGUGCGGAUGGGAACAAGGAGGAAAGGCACGUGGCAAGAGGGAGGGGAGGUGUGGGUCGUGGGAGUGAUGGGGAGGGAGAUGGAGCACAGGGAGGGAUGGGAUGGAGGUUUGGCAAGCAAGGGCGAGCUUGUGGGGAGGAGCAACAGGCGAAUGCACGAACAGUGGCGAGUGGAGAGACAUAUGUGUUGAAUCACGCAAGUAACGCAGCAGCACCAGCAGCAGCAGCAGCAGCAGAAGAGGCAGCAGCGCCAGUCGGGGUAGAGCAUUUGCUUGCUGAGAUAAUCACGAUGUGGCAUGCAUGCCACGUGCCACUGGUGAGGCGCUCUCAGGUCUUGCUGGCCGUCAUGGGGAGUGGCAUGGGGAGUGCUGUUCUGGUGGGCACCAUGGGGGGUGAUGUGAUGGGGGGCUCGAUUGGGGGCAGUGUGAUGGGGGGUGGUGUGUUGGAUGGUGGUGUGGUGGAUGAGCAUGUUGGCACCAGGGGUGGAGGAGACAUGGGGCAUGGUGGCAGCGGUGGGGCGGACGGAGGAAGCGAGGGAGCAGAUGGGUCAGGGAUGGUUCGUAGGGCAGACGCAGGGGGAGAGGGGGCAACAGAGGGCAAGGAUCGAGUGGAGCGAGAGGAGCGAGCAGAGUCAAAGGCGGUUGUGGAUGGGAGUGCAGGGGAGGAGGCACGGGGGGGAAGCGGGCGCGGAGGAGCAGGAGUGGGAGUGGGAGUGAGCGGGGCGCAUGUGGAGGUGGAGUGGCGGCACAUGCGAUGGCUGCAGGCGCAGCUGCAGCUGCCCUGCAAUACGGGCUGGCUCAGCCAUCUGCAGCACCAGGAGCAGCAUGAGCGUGCGGCCGUAGCAAGAGCGAUCAAGCGCCACCUAUCCCCCUCCCACCGCCUCUCUCUCUUCCACCACUGGGGGGUCGACCCCGCCUCUCGCCACCGCUGCUCCCAGCUCGCCCUUGCCAUCUGGCCUCCGCCUCCCACUUCCUCACUGUCGGCUCCCCCUCGCCCCUUCUGUACUGUUCCGCUCUCUUCUCUUCCUCCCCCCCCUCCUCUUUCCACCGCACCAGCCUCUGCUGCACCUGCGGCUUUUCCUCCUCCUCCUCCUGCUUCUGCUUCUGCUUCCGCUUCUGCUUCUGCUGCUGCUCCAGCUGCAGCAGUGGCGGAAGCUCAUGCUCGCAUUCGCAUGGCACAUGCUAGUGCAUGCGUGGUGGCAGCAGCGCUCUCUGCUACUCCCACCGCUUCAGCUGUGCUGCUCUCACUCGCUACUAACACGUCUCUCAUGGAACAACGCCUGACUCGUGCUGCCCUUGCUGAUUUCGGCUCCUUCUCUCCAGCAUCAGACCCCAGUCACGUGACAGCAGAGGCCUUGGAGCUGAGGCUGAUGGAGGGAGGGCAGCAGGGGCACUGGGGGCACUGGGGAGGGGGCACAGCUAAGAUGGCGGGCAGGGGAAAGGGCAGGGGGGGAGUGCCGGGACUGCAGGGAGUGGUGGGAUGGAGGUGGUGGCUGGGAAAGGGCGUUUCUGUGGGGCCUGACCCUGAUAUGCUGUGUGAGUCGGCGCGUGGAGCCAGGGCGGGGAGAGAGGGACGGAGAGGAACGAGGGAUUGAGCGAUGGAGAGAGAGGAGCGGAAGGGGGGAGAGAGGAAGAAAGGGGUUGUGAAUUGAGUUGGCUGGGAGAAGGGAGGGAAGCAGUCAGGUGGGGGGUGAUUCCCAUGGCUGUGCAUUGCUGACACUGAGGAGGACAGCAUUAACGCAGUUGAAUAAGCAUUUAUUGCAGCUGUUGGAAAGGCAGCACACCUCCCUCUCUCGCAGCUCGCUGCUUUACGAAGACUCUGGUGCUGCUGCGUACAAGUGGCAUGGCAAGGGAAGGACCAUGGCCCAUGAAAGAAUACCGUAAGAAGCCAUUCAUCAUCAGAUUAAACGCAAUGAUGAUGGUUUCGCGACAAGUGAAGCUGGAAAACUGGAGAGCCUGUUUCAGAGGCUGUACGAUAUACCGUACCAUACGCUGCAUCUGUCAGCCGGUUUGUGUUCAAAUGUUCCUUCUGUUGGGCUGAGAAAUGCCCUUGGGAUCUUUCCAGAGACUAAGUCCCAGUUGUAAAAGACUUGAGUAGUGCAGCGGAAGUUGAGUAGUUGAACCCUUGUACU